GUGGUGAGUUUUCAGACUCCGGAGAGCUUCAUGAUUCAAAGUGUGAAAAUCCUAAACUAAGUGCUUUGCAUGAAUACCACCUUCUACCUGCUCCGGUUAAACGGCGGGUUCGGGCACUUAAAAAACUGCAGUAUGAAACCCUGAAAAUCGAUGCCGACUUCUAUAAAGAGCUUUUUGCACUGGAAGCUAAGUAUGAUGUACAGCACCAGCAAAUAUUCUCGAAACGGCGAGAUAUUGUUUCAGGUGACAUCGAACCCGCGGACGAGGAUUGCGAUUGGCCUACCGACGAUGACGAUUUAUGCUUAGACAAUUUAUCAGAAAAAUUAAAAAGCACAGCCAAUGUCACCAAAGAUAUUAAUAAUAGCAAUAAAGUUAAAGGUGUACCAGACUUCUGGCUGAAAACUCUGGAAAACAUAUCGUUAUUUGAGGAAAUGGUACAAGAUCAUGAUCGUGAUAUUCUCAAGCACUUAACAGACCUCAAAUGUGUCCUAAAUACCGGCGAAGAGUCACGUAUUGACUAA